AUGAUACAGCCUGCUUCUUCCCAUUUCCUCGACGAGUUCAGCCAAAGAAAGAACCAGGUGAUUCUCAAAGGUAGUCUUGGUGCGUUGGAAAUCCUCAGUGACGCUGGUGUGACUAUGUGUUAUGGGUCAGAUCUGCUAGCUGGCUUUCGUAUCAUGCAGAACGGGGAGUUCCCCAUCCGGGCACAGGUGCUGAGCGCCGGAGAAGUUUUGAAGUCGGCCACUGUCAACGCAGCCAAGUACAUCGGAAUGGAGGGCAAAUUGGGUUGCGUCAAGACGGUGAGCAUCGCAGACUUGCUUGUUCUGAAUGCUAAUCCGCUUGAUUGCCAUCUUGGAUCGCAUUCAUGA